AUGGAGAGUCUCAUUUCCUUAGAUCUUUCAAACAACAAUUUUUCGGGUCAACUCCUAGAUCUUCAUAGUAACUCAACACAAAUGCCUGCAUCUUUAUAUGAUUCUUCAAAAGAACGGCUAGUGGGUCCUAUUCCUUUGCAUUUAAACGAACUCUUCUUAUAUAAUAACUCACUUACCGGAACAAUACCAUCUUGGCUAUAUAUCUUGCCCUCUUUGGAAGCUUUAAGCCUCAGCCACAACCAACUCACUGGGAACGUCAAAGAAUUCCAAUCUAGUUCUUUGGUGUAUCUUAAUUUUGGUCAUAACAGAUUACAUGGCCAAAUUCCAAGAUCAAUCUUUGAAUUUCCAAACCUGGGAGAGCUCGAUCUGUCAUCAAAUAACUUCAGUGGGUUUGUGAAGUUUGGAAAGUUUCCGAAACCCCAAAAUCUUCUUAGGCAUCUUUAUCUUUCUAAUAACUCUUUGACAGGUAUAGAACAAGUAUUUCCGUGGAAAAACUUACAAGUUCUUGACCUCCGCACCAAUUUGCUCCAAGGACAACUUCCUAUUCCACCACCUUCUACAUUUGUCUUCUUGGUAUCACACAAUCAGUUGACGGGAGGGAUUCCUUCAAAGAUUUGCAACCUCAGUUCCCUUGUAGUCCUUGAUUUGUCUAAUAACAACAUGAGAGGCGAAAUUCCUCCAUGUAUAGGAAAUUUGACCAGUCACAACCUCUCAGUUCUGGAUUUACAUAUGAAUAAAUUUCUUGGAGUGAUCCCUUCAACAUUCACAAAGGAUAGCAUCUUGAGGAAUCUUGACCUUAAUGGAAAUAAGUUGGAAGGGCCAUUGCCGCAAACUCUGUUGAAUUGUAGAAAGUUGGAAGUGCUCGACCUAGGAAACAACGAGAUAAACGACACCUUCCCCAACUGGUUGGAAUCCCUUCCAACGUUACAG